GGCCGGGCACCGGAUUUCCGGGCGGCGGCGCUGGUGCCGGUGGGGGCGAUGCGGCUGUCGGCGGCGGCGUGGAUCUCGCACGGGCGGGUGCAGCGGCGCCUGGGGUGGGGGCCCCGCAACCGCCUCGACCUGCUGCGCAACCUCCUCACGGGCCUGGUGCGCCACGAGCGGAUCGAGGCCUCCUACGCGCGCGUGGACGAGAUGCGCUUCUACGCCGAGAGGCUAAUUGACUACGCCAAAUGUGGAGACAGCGAUCCCAAAGCCAUGCGCAUGGCCAACUUCUGGCUGACGGAGAAAGAUCUCAUCCACAAACUUUUCAAAGUUCUUGCUCCACGCUUCCAGCCUUAUUCCAGGAACUACACUCAGAUGCUGCAAAUUCCUAAUCGUGACCGCAUAGAUCGAGCCAAAAUGGCAGUCAUUGAAUUCAAAGGGAACCCGUUCCCACCACUCCCCAUUCCCCGUAGAGACAGCGAAAAAACCCUGGUGAACCAGCUCCUGAAAGGUUAUAGGGACGAUGUGUGGCAGACAAAAAGGCCCGCCUCCUAGAGGGAUACCCAGGCACAGCGGUAUAGAGAUGGCUCAAGUUCUUUGUGAGGGGAGCAGCGCUGCAUGCUGGGUGGCGGGGCGGAGCUUGCCUUCCAUGUGCCCGAUGGCUGCCCUCCUGUGGUUGGCUCAGCCCACCCACUCCCACCGUGAGGGGUGUUUCCUGGCGGCCUGUCCCUUGGUUUUGUGGGCCAGGCUGGGCAAUACUGGCUGCCCAUCAUAUUUCCAUUUGACCACCCUUUGACAUGUGGAAAGUCCUGUCAUCUUAAUUCGCCUGCCAAUAAACGUUGCCUUGGGGCACGCACAUUGA